AUGCUUACGGAAUUGACAACUGACAAAUAUCGUUCAUGGAUGGGGAUCGGGUCCUUCGUGUUUUGGGCUGUGGGAAUAUCGAUACUGCCUCUGAUUGGUUACUUAAUUCCUGCGUGGAGAAUGUUCUUGCUUGCGACAGCUAUCACCGCAAUUCCUGUUCUGUUUUUCUGGUGGUAAGUUUGAAUAGUUUGAAUAUUUAUGGUAAUAUUUUCUGAGCUUGCGCAACAGAAUCUAUGUUGAAGCUUUUAAUAAGUCAAAAUGUCGGGUGCUGACGUCAUACUCGUCAAUUUGCUCUAAUCUAAUUUGGAUUAGAUUGACUAUAUAAGCCCUUCGAAAGAUAUCAAGAAUAUCAAACAUAACAAAUGCAAUUAAAUAGGCAAAUAAAAUUAAAACGGCAUUUUUGACUUAUUAAAAGUCUACCAAGUGAAAUCUCGCGUGAGUAUAUAACAACCCAAUUAAACGACCAUUGAUGGAUCCAUUAGCAAUAUUUCACCUUCACUUAUCGACAGUGCAUCAGUGCUGGUUGUGUUGAAUGUGUUCGGUCUUUUUUCGACGAACAAUAUGAUCAUCGACUACAAUAUUGGUUUAAGAGGUGUUGGUUUUCAUAAUCUUGGCCAGUGAUAACAGCCGCGUCAUCAGCGAUUGAAACCAGUGAAUGGGGUUCAGGAAGUUAAAUAUGAAACCAAAUUGACGGUAGUUGUCAGCUUUUAUGUUUUGAGUGAAAGUAUUAGAGCACAUGUUCAACAGCAGAGGGCUGAGAGUGAGCCUGAGACAAUCGGCUUGUAGCACUCCAUGGCCAACAGUUGUGAAUGGAGUGCGGAAUUCAUAAGUUAUGACGGAAGUUUUGAAAUCAGUAUAUAAACUUUUGAUAACAUUUUUUAUGUGGUCAGGAAUCUGAUGCAGAUAUUCAAGUAUAGCUUGAAUUAAGGUGGCUCCCUACAGUUAUAGUCCAGUUUAAAACAUUUAUAUAGCUCAGACGUCAUCCUCGCGACUCGCGCGUGGAAUCUUCGUGGUCCGGUAAAAAUCCUGAAACAAGCCGCGGGAAGUUGUUUUUGUAUUUUUAUCUACAAAGAAAACGCCAGUUUUUUAUUAUAAUCCUAAACUUUUCAACAUUCGAACAGUACGUAUUUUGUUAGCUAGUUUUUUACCUACCUUCUGUGUGUUUUUUUUUUAUAUAUUUAAUACGUUUCAGUACUGUAUUUCAUAAUAAUGCUCACAAUGUUCAACAACAGUGUCACGGACUGAAAAUUAUUAUAUUUUAUUCUGUCUUCAAGGCACUCCUGAACUAUCACUUAAACUUACGUAAAUCCUGUCAUUCAACUCAGUUCACAUGUACUUUUUUUAUCUGCUGUAUCCAAUAUUAAUAAAACUAUAAUGCAGACAGUUACGAGUUGUUUUAUACGAAAAGUCAAACUCUACUUGAAUGUUUUGAAAAGUUUUCACACCGAUUUUCACAACAAAACUAAAUUUAAGAAACGUUGGAUUAAGUCAGUGCGUUAUUGUGUUCUCAAUGUUUUGUAUUUUGAAUAUAUAUAUCUUUUAUUUUCAUUUCAAACUAAGUAAAAAAUAUCUGUGUGAUACAAGAGAAAAUUGCUAAAAAAGCCAACUAUAAACCGUACGCGUUUCGUGUUCCUCACACAAAUAGUGAUCAUGUCGAAUCGAUAUUUUGUCACGUCAACAGCUUCAACUGGAUUUAGGGCUAUUUUUCUCGCGUUUCCUUCGGUGAAAAUGUUUUAAACUUUGCACGUUUGCUAAGCAUGACGAUUCGCCAAACAUCAAAAUUUCAAGAAAUUCUAUAAGACAGAUUUUUUGUAGUCGUUAUUCAUGAAUAUCUCAAAACCUGCCUUAUAAACAUCCCUUCAAAUUUUAAUAUGUCAUUCCCCUUUCAACCAUAAAUCUUAAAAAAAAAAUUCAGAAAAAUUGGCCGAAGGAAAAAAAAGAUAUUGCCGUUUGAUUGUAAAAUUAGACAAUAAAAGUGCAAAAGAUGAAACGUCAUGGUUGCCAUGGCAACACUAACACUGUUCCUAUUUGUUCAUAUGUCGACAGCAGAAGACUUCUGAACUUUCCUGGAAAUGAUUAUAUUGCCCUGUCUUAAGUGUGUUUAAUAUAAAUUUGGUUCAAAACAAAGGUUACCUAAAAUACUUAAAAUUUUAGAAAACUGUAGGGAGCCACCUAAAAUGCAAGAUGGCGGACGCUUUUUACAACAUUUUCGUAAAUAAGUUAAACAUAUCUGUAUUUUCGCUUCUAAAUUGUACAUCCAACCCAAAAAUCAUACGCAAAAACAAUCGUUUGUAUAACUCAGCUAGGGAUCAAAAAAGAAGCCGAUAGUUAUCCGGUCUAAAUGGCAUUUCAAAUUUCGCGGUUUAAAUCUGUUUUUUACCGGUCAUGUAAGCAUAAGCUAUAGACCAUUUGCGUAUGACGUCACACAUGAAACAAAGUAUUUACAGUUCACUGGUACUUACCGAAAAUAUCGUAGUCAAAAGCUGGAUGACUACGAGUUUGACGGGAUUGGCGUAAGCAAACAACACGGCUUUGGCGCGAAAAUGACGAAUUUCGUAAUCGUACUUAAACUCGUUGCCAUUGCUAAACUCUCUAUUUUGAGCCCUGUAACUACAAUACGGAACCACAAAACGGCAAAAAAAUCCUUAGUAGUAAAAUGUGUUCAAAUUUGCAUUUGCACCUUUCAUUGAUCACCAACAAAUACAAACAUCAGAAGUAUUAGUAUUUGAAUUUCAAAACAGUAUUAUAAUUAAAUUUAGCAUACAAAGCUUAGGAAUACAAUUUAUAUUGUACAUUGCAGUAUAUAACUCUUUGGUGUCUAAUAUAUUGUUUGUUGUUUUUCUUUUGCCAUUGACCCUGUCCUUUUGUUUGCAUUUGCAUUGAAGGGAAUAGCCUUCAAUGGUUUAAAUCUUAUCUUAAAGACAGAAAGCAGGUAGGUUUGUUCAGUCAAUGGUAAGGUGUCGGCUGCAAAAAAUAUUAAAUGUGGGGUACCACAGGGUUCUAAUCUUGGCUCCAUUCUAUUUCUAUAUAUAAAUGACCUUCCAAAUAGUGUAAAAACGUCAAAACCUACACUAUUGCCGACAAUACAAAUCUUACCUGUGAAGGACAAAAUUCUAGCGAAAUCGAAAAUAAGCUAGCUUAAUGAAGAACUUAGAAAUGUUCAUCAGUGGCUUAUAUAAUUAUUGUGAUUUGAUUGUUCUAAACUGCGAACUUGAUUAAUUCAUCCCAUCAGUAGAAUAACUUUUGUUAAACGGCACACCAACUAAGUUGAAUCAAUAUACCUUCUCAGAUGAAUUCAAUAUAUUACGGGUAAUUUGACGGACUAAAGCAUGUGUUAAUACUGUUUUGAAAUACUAAUACUUCUGAUGUAUGUAUUUGUGUGUGAUCAAUGACACGUGCAAAUGCAAAUUUUUUAAAAAAAUUGUUUUAUUAAUUUUUAAUAGUUGUCCAAGAGCUAGAGAAAGGUUAUCUCAGUAUGUAAACAGCUGGGAAAAGGCUGUAUUAAAUGUGCCUGGAGAUGGUCACUGCAUUAUUUACUCAUUAUUUGUGGUCUUGACAGAACAACAUAUUGGUGUCCAAAUUGAUAGUACAUCCCAGUUACUGAACAUCAUAGAAGUCGAAAUAAUGAACAACCUAGAUUUUUAUGGGCCAUUCCUGGGUAACAUUGACAUGGUGAAGCAGUGGCGUUUAUACAAGGAGAAAGGUUUAUAUGACCAGGAUAUUGUUGAUCUGUGUCUCCAUGCUGUAGCCAAUUGUACAGGAAUCACAGUUGAUGUUAUACAAGCAACAGAUCAUGGUAUUAGGAAUGUUGUUGUCGAACCAAACAAGCCUGGCAUCUCUUCACAUCGUACAAUCCAUCUCACCAAUUCACAUGAUCAUUACAAUCCUGUGGUCAGUGCUCAAACAAAGAAGAAUUAUGAAUGUAAUCCAACAUUAAGACAACAACUUGUUAUCGAACAUCCAAAGAAUGAAAAGAAGCAUGAUGAAAAAGAAGAUCGUUAUGAUUAUAUAAAUCCCAAUUUAUACAUCGACUCCUCUUCGCCUUUAUCCUUAAACAACAGAUAUGCUGCUCUGGGUGACAGUUCUGAUGACUGCUUCAUUGUUGAACCUCAUAAUAAGAAGUGUCCGCAUCUUUCUGGUAAUUUUGCUGCAAAAUCCUCAACAUUUGAUGAACAGUUUGAUUUAAAGGACGAACAGAUUAAUGCAAUUGAUCAAAAGAGUGAUGCAAGUGAUAAACAGAGUGAUGCAAGCGAUAAACGGAGUACUUCAAAUGAUGACGAGAGUCAUUCAAGUGAUGAAGAGAGUCAUUCAAGUGAUGAAGAGAGUCAUUCAAGUGAUCAAGAGAGUCAUUCAAGUGAUGAACUCAGCGAUCCACUUAGAGUAAUUGGUAACCGAACAUAUCUUAAUGAAAGUGUUUGGGAGGGGUGGAACACCAGAAUGUUGAAAAGUUGCCGUUAA